AAAGUACGCCAUUCUCUGGGGCCUCUUGUAUUUGCCCGAAAGGCGUCCAACAGGAGCAAGACACUGUCCAUCGUAGUGAAAAUAGGGGGCAGCACCCUCGGAAGCCAUGACACCACCUUGCUGGACUUGGUCAAGCUCCAGCAGGAGGGUGAAGAGGUGGUCGUGGUCCACGGGGGCGGCAAUGUCAUCUCCCGGUGGAUGCAGCGCCAGGGAAUUCCGCCCCGGUUCGUGGGUGGCCUUCGGGUCACCGAUGCGGAGAGCCUGGAGAUCGUCGUGGCCGUCCUGGGUGGCCUGAUCAACAAGGAGCUGGUCUCCCUGAUGGAGCAACUGGGGGGCAGGUGCAUCGGGCUCAGCGGCAUCGACAGCUGCAUGCUGACCUGCGGCAUUGCCAAUCCCGAGUUGGGAUACGUCGGCGAGAUUCAGUCGGUCGACACUGGCCCCAUCCGCGCACUGGUGGACUCCGGCUACAUCCCCAUGAUCGCGCCCCUCGGCGUCCAUCGCUUCGACGGCUCCGACAACGCGGGCAAGCCUCUGAACAUCAAUGGCGACACCGUUGCCGGUGAGCUGGCCCGGGAGCUGCAGGUAGAUCGCCUCGUCUUCCUGACGGAUGUUGCCGGCGUGAUGGACGGCGGCGGCCGCGUCAUAUCGCGGCUCGACCAGCGCCGCGCCAACAUGCUGCUGAACUCCGGGGUUGCCGGCGGCGGUAUGAUCCCCAAGCUGCAGGCCUGCCUGCGCGGCCUGGAGGGCGGGGCGGUGGCCGACAUCAUCGACGGCCGGCACCCCAACGCCCUGCUGGACUGCCUGCAAGGCCGCUCCACCGGGACCACAAUAACCACCAGUCUAAAUUCCCGUUCCUGA